AUGCCCUUACCACCCAUACUGAUCUUCAUGGUCAUCUUUUGCCUGGAGUCGCUGGUUGCUAUGCUGCAAAAUGGGUUCAUUGUCACUGUGCUGGGCAGGGAAUGGAAGAAGAGCCGGGCUCUACCCUCAGGUGACAUGAUUGUGGCCUGCCUUGCUGCCUCCAGGUUCUGCCUGCAUGGGUUAGCUACCCUGAAUGACUUUCUGAUCUCCUUUUUAUUUUGUUACAGAAACAACCAUUUUGGCAUUCUCUGGGACUUCAUCAACACUGUCACUUUCUGGCUAACCACAUGGCUUGCCAUCUUCUACUGUGUGAAGAUCUCUUCCUUCUCCCACCCCAUCUUCUUAUGGCUGAAAUGGAGGAUUUCUCGGUCAGUGCCCAGGUUGCUACUGGUAUCUAUAGUCAUUGGUGGCCUGUCGGUCAUCUCCACAGCCACUGGGCAAACAAUUGCCUCUCAGAUGAUGGUCUCCUAUGAAAACUGCACAGUUGCUAGAAUGAUGACUUUCUAUCAGUAUUUUUAUCGCUGUCAUGUAAUGCUUAUGUGGGUCACUCCAUUCCUCCUGUUCCUCAUGUCCAUCAUCUUGCUUAUGUUCUCACUGUAUCGGCAUGUGGGGCAGAUGAGGGACCACAGACCCGGGCCUCAUGACCCCAGCACCCAGGCUCACACCAUGGCUCUGAAGUCACUUGCCUUCUUCUUCAUCUUCUACACAUCGUAUUUUCUGUUCUUGGUGGUGUCUGCUACACAGAUCAUAGUCAUCCAAAAUUUCUGGUACUGGGCUUGGGAAGUGAUAACUUAUGCAGGCAUCUCCAUACACUCCACCAUCUUGAUGCUAAGCAGCCCCAAGCUGAGAAAGGCCUUCAAGAUGAAGUUUUCAGACCUUUGUGCUGCUAUCUCAUAA